CAAACUUCCAUAGAAAGAAAGGAGAGAAAAAUGGAAGUUCUUCCACAUUUUAGCCAUGCUCAUCCUCUAGUUUUCAAUGAUGAAAGAAAUCAUGAAAGUGGGGAGGUUUUCUGCUGUGCGCGUGAGGAGGUGGUGUCAGGUCCAAGGUUUAGUUGCAUGGAAUGUGAGUUUCAUCUUGACAAAAACUGUGCUUAGGCACUUGUUGAGAUGGAUCACCCCUUUCAUCACAAACAUAACCUUAAGCUUAUGGCAAGCUCUCCAUAUGUUGAAGGAUUGUACAAUUUGCCACAAGGAGGUGAAUAUGGCGUGUGGGAGUUAUUAUUGCUCUGAGUGUAAGUUCAUUAUCCAUGUGAAUUGUGCACUACAGGAAGUAGACGGACAUUGUCUGGUUCUCACAUUCCAUGAAGAUACUGAUUAUUCAGAAUAUCUUUACUGUGAUAUUUGUGAAAAACAAAGAAGUCCCUAUACUUGGUUUUAUCAUUGUGCAAUUUGCGACAACUCAGCACACCUCCAUUGUGUUGUUGGAGAUCAUCCAUUUAUCAAGCGUGGGAUGACCUUCAUAGAAAGCCAUCAUCCACAUGUUCUCGUGUUCGUUGAGAAGGUUUGUGAUUAUACUAGAUGUUGCAAUUGUGGUCAGCACUGCUUAGACUUGGCUGUUGAGUGUUCAGAUGCAGAAUGCAAAUACAUUAUCCACUAGAGCUGCAGCACUCUCUAUAACUGUCUUUUGGUAUAUAUUUGAAAAUGUCACUUGUUUAGAGUUUUUUUUUU